AUGGGGAGGGAGCUGGAGCUGCGCUUCGCCGUGUCCGAGGUGCCGGCCGUGGUGGUGCUGAAGCCCAGCGGGGACGUGCUGGUGGCCAACGCCGUGGAGGAGAUCCAGAGGAUGGGCCCCAAGUGCUUCCAGAACUGGCAGGAGGCCGCCGAGAUCCUGGACCGGAAUUUCCGCCUGGCCGAGGAUUUCGACAACCACGCCCGGAGGAGCCUCACGCACCCCCUGCGCCGGCUCAAGUACAGGCUGGACAAGGACAAGGACAGGGACAGGGAGGAGGGGGAGGGAGAAGGGGAGGAAGACCCUUGAGCAGCUCCAAGAGCUCGUGGGAUCGAUGGGAUGGCUCCCACAUCCAGCUUCUCCCACCUGGAAAAUCGCUGUAAUUAAGAUAUUCCGACCCGGAGUGGGAUGUGUUUCCUCAUGUCAUCCCGGAAUCUGGCGCCGGAAAAACCUUGCCGGGGUAUCUCAGGCAUUUGUUUGCCAGAAUUGGGAUUAAA